AUGGCGAAGAUGGCAAGGUCGACCAGGAGGACGUCUAAUCUCAUUUGCACCCUGCUGCUGCUCUCGCUGCUGCUGCUUACCUGCUUCUUCCAGCAGGCCAGCGGCCAUGGCGGCGUCGACCACGGUGACGGCGAUGAGGAGGACGAAGAUGGCCACCACGGCGACGCGGGCGUCGGCGGGGGGCUCCGGUCCAGGGGGCUCAUCGCCGUGAAGGUGUGGUGCCUGGUGAUCCUGCUGGUGUUCACCUUCCUGGGCGGCGUGUCCCCCUACUUCUACCGCUGGAACGAGGCCUUCCUCCUCCUCGGCACCCAGUUUGCCGCCGGCAUCUUCCUCGGCACGGCCCUCAUGCACUACCUCGCGGACGUCACCGAGACCUUCCACGCCCUCACCGACAGCCCCUACCCCUUCUCCUUCAUGCUCGCCUGCGCCGGCUUCCUCCUCACCAUGCUCAGCGACGUCGUCAUCGUCGCCGUCGCCAACAGGCAGAGGGUCAACCGGGCAGCUCCCAUCCAGAAAGAGGCGGAGGAGGAGGGCGAGUCAACGUCGGAGGGGCCGGCGGUGGCGCACGCGCACCCUAUGCUCAUGACGGCGACAUCGUCCUUCGAGGACGCGAUCCUCCUCAUCAUCGCUCUCUGCUUCCACUCCAUCUUCGAGGGGAUCGCCAUCGGCGUUUCAGCGACGAAGGGAGAGGCGUGGAGGAACCUUUGGACGAUCGGGCUCCACAAGAUCUUCGCGGCGGUGGCCAUGGGCAUCGCGCUCCUCCGGAUGAUCCCCAAACGCCCAUUCCUCCUGACGGUGCUCUACUCGCUAGCGUUCGCCGUGUCAAGCCCGGUAGGGGUGGGCAUCGGCAUCGCCAUUGAUGCCACGGCGGAGGGCUCGGAUUGGACAUAUGCUAUCUCCAUGGGCAUCACCACGGGGGUCUUCGUCUACAUUGCCAUCAACCACCUCAUGGCCAAGGGGUACCGCCCGCAGCAGCCAAACUACUUCGACAAGCCCAUCUUCAAGUUCCUGAGUGUGCUCACCGGCAUAUCCGUAAUCCUGCAGCACCUACAUUCUAACAGAUCGUGGGUACAAUCAACGAUCCCUAAAGAAAUAAUUGAGCAUCUAAACCUUCCAAUAGGUCGUGGGUACAAUCAACGAGCCACCCGUCACAUCAGAGGCAAGAUGUUAUUUGAAGAAACAAUCUAUAUAUCAUAA